CUUUCCUUACUGCAUCUUUUAAAUUCAGUCUCUUUUCCCAAGUUAUUUUUACUUCCUAAUAAAUACCUCGCAUUAUUCUGCUUCUUCAUAAAAUGACAGAAACAAGCAUGCGAGGAAGCCAUAAUUUGGACAAUGCUUGUAACACAUCGGUCCAUAACUUCACUGGAAUCACUGCCUCAAUCGGAUAUUAUAUAAACAAAGAAAAAGGCAUGCGAGGAAGCCAUAAUAUGGACAGUGCUUGUAACACAUCAGUCCAUAACUUCACUGCCAUCAUCAGAGCCCAGAAACGGUGGCGCAUAGCAAUCUGUUCCAUCCGGUUCAUGGUCUCUCUUGGCAGAGAGGUCGUUUUCAAAAGAAAUAGCCAUAAUUCUGGGAUCUUGAAGCCCCACUUUUUCACUACCCUCGACAUUGAACCAAGCAGCUCCCACCCUGGUGAAAAUGAACGUGUGCCUUGCUCCUUUGUUCCUAACAUGAAUCAAACAGCUCUCACAGAAAUGGUGAAGGAGAAAGACUUACUAGCUCUCCGCAGCUUUGGAGGCGUACAAGGCAUUGCCACUGCUCUCAAGACAGACCCUGAGAAAGGAAUCCACAGCGAUGAUCAGGAAGUCGGCCAGCGGCGUCAAAUGUUUGGUGCAAAUACUUACCACAAGCCCCCUCCAAAAGGGUUCUUAUUUUUUGUGGUCGAUGCUUUCAAGGAUACCACCAUUUUCAUCCUGCUGGCCUGUGCUGCCCUUUCUCUUGGUUUUGGCAUCAAAGAACAUGGGGCCAAGGAAGGCUGGUACGAAGGAGGAAGCAUUUUCAUAGCUGUCUUUCUGGUGGUGGUUGUCUCUGCCCUCAGUAACUUCAGACAGGAGAGGCAGUUCGAGAAGUUAUCAAAACUGAGCAAAAAUAUCAAAGUUGAUGUUCUUAGAGACACACACCGCCUCAAAAUCUCUAUCUUCGACAUUGUAGUUGGAGAUGUUGUCUUUCUAAAUAUAGGUGAUCAGGUUCCUGCUGACGGAUUGUUUUUAGAUGGGCAUUCAUUGCAGAUAGACGAGUCUAGCAUGACAGGAGAGAGUGAUCAUGUGGAAGUAGAUUCCACUGAGAAUCCCUUCUUGUUCUCCGGAUCAAAGGUGUCGGAUGGGUAUGCUCGAAUGCUUGUUACAUCGGUGGGAAUGAACACUGCAUGGGGUGAAAUGAUGAGCUCAAUAACUGGUGAUUCCAGUGAAAUAACACCAUUACAAGCACGCCUUAACAAAUUAACCUCUUCUAUCGGAAAGAUAGGCCUUGCAGUUGCUUUACUAGUUCUUCUAGUCUUGUUAAUUCGUUAUUUUACAGGUAACACACAAGAUAAGAAUGGAAAGAGAGAGUAUUAUGCUGGCCAAACAGAUUUAGAUGAUGUGUUCAAUGCGGUCCUGCGCAUUGUUUCUGCUGCAGUCACUAUUGUGGUGGUCGCUAUCCCUGAAGGUCUGCCAUUGGCGGUCACGCUCACACUUGCUUACUCCAUGAAGAGAAUGAUGGCUGAUCAGGCAAUGGUCAGAAAACUUUCCGCUUGUGAGACAAUGGGCUCAGCAACGAUAAUCUGCACGGAUAAAACUGGCACCUUGACAUUGAAUGAGAUGAAAGUGACCAAGUUUUGGCUUGGCCAAGAAUCCAUUGAAGAAGAUUCUUCAACUGUAAUUGCACCAAAUGUUCUUACUUUAUUCCACCAAGGAGUUGGUUUGAACACAACUGGAACUAUCUAUAAACCUGCAUCAGGAUCCGAACCUGAAAUUUCUGGUAGUCCAACUGAGAAAGCAAUUCUCUCGUGGGCUGUUUCGCAAUUGGGUAUGGACACAGUAAAGCUAAAGCAAGGUUCCGCAGUUCUCCAUGUUGAAACCUUCAACUCUGAGAAGAAGCGGAGUGGGGUUGCAAUAAGGAAAAAGUCUGAUAACACUGUCCAUGUGCACUGGAAAGGUGCUGCUGAGUUAAUCCUAGCAAUGUGUUCAAGCUAUUAUGAAACUAGUGGGAUUACGAAGUCCCUCAAUAAAGAUAGGUAUAAGAUUGAGAAAAUAAUCCAAGGCAUGGGCGCUAGUAGCCUCCGAUGUAUUGCUUUCGCUCAUAAGCAAAUAUCAGAAGAAGAAAUGGGAUGCCACGAUGCUGAAAGGACUCACCGACUAAGAGAAAACGGCUUAACCUGGCUAGGGAUAGUUGGUCUCAAGGAUCCAUGCCGGCCUGGUGUUAAGAAAGCUGUGGAGACUUGCAGAAACGCUGGGGUGGAGGUCAAAAUGAUCACUGGAGACAACGUUUUUACAGCAAAAGCUAUAGCUACAGAAUGCAGUAUUCUAGAUCCCAAUCACCAAGUAAAUAGUGAAGUGGUAGAUGGUGUUGAGUUUCGAAACUACACACAUGAAGAGAGAAUGGAGAAAGUCGAGAAGAUCCGGGUGAUGGCAAGGUCAUCUCCAUUUGACAAGCUUCUGAUGGUACAAUGCUUAAAACAGAAAGGCCAUGUGGUUGCAGUCACUGGAGAUGGCACAAACGAUGCACCUGCAUUAAAAGAAGCUGAUAUAGGACUUUCCAUGGGCAUUCAAGGCACUGAAGUGGCUAAAGAAAGCUCCGAUAUCAUCAUCUUAGAUGAUAACUUCGCUUCUGUUGCCACAGUUUUAAGGUGGGGACGGUGUGUAUACAACAAUAUCCAGAAAUUCAUCCAGUUUCAAUUAACAGUGAAUGUUGCAGCUCUUGUAAUCAACUUUGUUGCAGCGGUUUCUGCUGGAGAGGUUCCGCUAACAGCAGUCCAGUUGCUGUGGGUAAAUCUCAUCAUGGACACGCUGGGAGCUCUGGCCCUUGCUACGGAGCUGCCUACUGACGAGCUUAUGCAGAGGUCUCCUGUGGGGCGAACAGAGCCUCUAAUAACAAGUAUUAUGUGGAGGAACCUCUUAGCUCAAGCCUUGUUCCAGAUAUCAGUCCUCUUGACUUUACAGUUCAAGGGUGAGUCUCUCCUCAAUGUUAGAGGGGAGGUUAAGGAUACACUUAUUUUCAAUACUUUUGUUCUCUGUCAAGUGUUUAAUGAGUUCAAUUCAAGAAGCAUGGAGAAGAAGAAUGUUUUUAAAGGACUUCAUAAGAACCGAUUAUUUAUUGGAAUUGUGGGAACUACAAUUAUUCUUCAGGUUGUAAUGGUGGAAUUUUUAAACAAGUUUGCAGAUACAGAGAGAUUGAAUGGGUUGCAGUGGGGAGUAUGCAUUGCAAUUGCAGCUGUGUCAUGGCCACUUGGUUGGGUAGUGAAGUUCAUACCUGUUUCAGAUAAACUAUUCCUCAAUUACCCUAAGAGUGCAAAAGUGAUAUUCUUGAGGAUUGUGAGGGUGUUUAACCGAAUGAAACCCUCUUCCUCUAGGCUUGGAAUUGGAUGUGGGAAAAGGUAAGGCCUUAAGCACAACAUGGGCAGAGUUUCCUGAUUUUUUUAAAUAUUUUUUGGUAAAAUUACCACCUAGAAAUCUUACCAAAACAUAUAAUAUCCUCUCUCUAAAGCCGCUUAAAAGGUGCGACAUAGCCCAUGUGUCUUCUUUGUGUCAUAAUCUUUUUACAUAGCCAGUUUGAAGCCCUAGAUUGACAACCAACACUAAACUUAGGGAGAUAAUAAAAAUAUGUAUUAAGAGAUUUGAACCUCAAACCUAUCCAUAACCGCUACUUACUACCUACAGAGUUGUGGUGGACUCUAAAUUUGGUAGUUUGUGGGGUGGGUGAAGUUCUAACGAGCCCCUUGGGAAGUAUGGGGUGGGGGGUUUAUGAAAGAACAUUAGGAGGGGUUAGGGAAGUUCUCUAGUCAUACCAAAUUUGAGGUGGGAGAUGACUCCAAGGUUAGUUUCUGGCAUGAUUUGUGGUGUGGGGAUAAGGCCCUUAAGGAAGGCUUUCUAGAGUUAUAUAGCAGGGCUCACUUGGAGAUUUCGAGUGGCACCAAUCAAUGGAAUGUAAGCUUUGUUGGAGCAACUCAUGAUUAGAAUGUGGAUGUCUUUGUUUCGUUCUUCAAGGUAUUGUAUUUAGUUAGAGUGGGACAAGAAGGUGAAGACAAAAAUUGGCGGGUUCCCUCAAAAAGAUGGUUGUUUGCUGUUAGAUCCUUCUGCAGUGUCUUGGUUUGGAAUGAGGGCUCUUAGUUCCAUUGGAAGAAUGUUUGGCGGAUUAAGUUUCUUUUGAGGGUGGUCUUUUUCGCUUGGUCAGCUGCCCUAUGUAAGAUCCUUACCACAGACAAUCUGUGGAAACCAACAUGUCAUCGUGGUUGACAGGUGUUGUAUGUGUAAAGAAAUGGAGAGUUCGUGGACCAUCUUCUUCUCCAUUGUGAGGUUGCCGAGGCCUUGGAUGUUUUCUUCAGUCGUUUUGGGUUCUCUUGGGUUAUGCCGAGACGAGUAGUCAACUUAUAUGCGUGUUGGUGAAUUGCUGGUAGCACUCGGAGUGAUGCUGUGUAGAAGAUGGUGCCUUUGUGUCUGUUGUGGUGUCUAAGGAGGAAAAUAAAUUAUAGAAGUUCUGAAGAUUGUACGAGGAUGUUGGUUGGUCAUUAGUUAUCAUGAUUUCAUUGUAUGUACAUGCUUUUAUUGAAAAGAAAAAAAAGGCAUGGUGGAAUACUCUUCAGUUGGUUCCAUAAUCAUCAUGUAGGAACUAUUGUUGGCUCAUGAUCCAGCAUUUUUGUGCUCUUUAUAUUGUUCUAGAGUUGGGUGUGUGCCUCUCUUCUGGAAAAAGGGAAGGGAAAGAAAGAAGUGGGAUUCUCUGUCGAAACACCUUAUCAAUUUUCAGACUCAAAUCCAGGGCUUGACUGAGUUUCUUAAGUUUAUAUGUACGUGUAGUUACAAUUUUUCUCCUAAGAUUGUUCUCAUUAACCAUAUAAAAGCUGUAUCCCUGUAACAUUUAUAGAAGUAGAAUUCAAGAUGUCAUU